CCGCACCCCCGCUACUUCUCGGACCGUUCCCUUUGCCCGCUUUUAGCUGUGUAUGAUAGACCGAGCUCGGUGCUGCUCUCCCGGACCAUGGAGUCUUCUACUAGUAGUUGACGUUUAAUUCCCCUCCUCCUGCUCUCCGCGUUCUUCUAGGGUUCCAUUCCAUCACUCUCUCUGCUGGACUUCGCCUAUCUCCACCUUCUGACAAGCCUAGGCUUUGACAGCAGCGCGCCAUGAAGAUCAUCGUGGGCAUUGGCGGUGUUACCAACGGUGGCAAGACCACUCUUACGAACAGAUUGAUCAAAUCUCUUCCCAAUUGCUGUGUCGUGCAUCAGGAUGACUUUUUUAAGCCUCAGGACCAGAUCAGAGUUGAAGAUGGAUUUAAACAGUAUGAUGUGAUCGAUGCUUUGGAUAUGGAUGCAAUGACUGAAACUGUUAGAGCUUGGGAUAAAGACCCUGUGAAGUUUGAGCGAUCUCAUGGUAUAAACAACACCGUAGACAAUGAGUCAUGCCAAGAAACUGAAGAAGAAGAAAAAUGUCACAUCCUGAUUGUGGAAGGAUUUCUUUUAUACACCCAUGAACCGCUAAUACAAAUGUUCACACACCGCUAUUUUAUUACAAUACCCUAUGAUGAAUGCAAGAGGAGAAGGAGCUCCAGAAACUACACCGUUCCAGAUCCACCAGGCCUUUUUGAUGGCCACGUCUGGCCAAUGUACGUGAGGCACAAGAAGGUUAUGGAGGACCUGAAUGUUGGUGUGGAAAAACUUGAUGGAUCAAACACAAGGGAAGAAUUAUUUAAUAGAGUGUAUGGCGAUGUGCUAAACCUGAUCAAUUGCACGAGUUAACUGCAAUAAGAAGUGGCCUUAACACCGGAGAUGCAUUAUGGAUUUUAAUUUAUUUGUUUUACACUCCCUCCAUCUGGGUUUUUUGUCUUUUUUUUAAUUGAAGAGAACUAUUUUGGAAUUAUGUUUUUGAAACAAAGCGCUCCACUCAAAUAAACACCUUCUUCCAUUUUAA